UAUCUUCAAAGUUCGGCGCAACCCAGACUGGUGGGCGGGCGGACGGAACAGAACGACAGGGAAAGGAGCCAAUCUGAAUCUGUCACGUGACCGAUAGAUCCCGUUGUCUGUCAGACAGUCACCGCCCGCACAAGAACUUUAAGCUCGAUCACUCUCCGGAGCUCCCGCCCGUCGAAGGCGAGCUGUAAUCGGAAAACCCACAUCGCCAAUUCAUCAGAGGAUCUGAGUUUGAGUGGAGGCAAUGCUGCUUGUUGGGGUUGCAGUGGUGUUGGGCAUUCUCUGCGCUUUUCUACUGCUCCCGCGGAGCCAGAAAUCAAGUAAGAGCAAAGAGAUUCGGUCUAGUGCUGACAGUAAGAAGGAAUCGAAGGUCUAUAGCAAGGCCGAAGUGUCCUUCCACAACAAGAGGGACGAUUGCUGGAUAAUCAUAAAAAACAGGGUUUAUGAUGUCACCUCGUACGUGGAGGAGCACCCUGGUGGUGAUGCCAUAUUAGCACAUGCGGGAGAUGACUCAACUGAAGGAUUUUUUGGGCCGCAGCAUGCUACAAGAGUCUUCGACAUGAUCGAAGAUUUCUAUAUUGGGGAUCUCAAGCUAUGACUCUCCUAGCAAUUGUUCCUAAAUGCAUUGUUCGGACACAUUUUGGAUGUCAUUUUUCUCUCUCUGUAGCAUUUCUUCUCCCAUCUUAUUUGUAUUUCGGAUUGAAUCCUCUUAAAAGAGAACGUUGCAGAAUAGACAAUAUCCUCCAAUUGGAUGCGUGAA